AUGAACCUGUUUAGAGAGAUCAUCAGAGCCAACUUUGACUUGAGACCUGCCGCCAUUGUCAAGGAGCUUGAUUUGGCUAAGCCAAUCUAUUUCAAGACUGCUAAGAACGGUCACUUCACCAGUCAAGAAUUCAGCUGGGAGAAGCCAAAGACCCUCAAGCUCUAA